AUGAAUAACAACGAAAAUUCUAAUCAACAAAGGGAGCUGAUCGAAGCUAGUGCGGCCGUUGAAGCGGCCAUCGCCAGAUUUUAUAGGGUUGCCCGCGGCCGAGGCCAGCAUGCGUACCAGCCGCCAUUCCCACGGAACAGCCCUAUUGACUGGCAGCUACCGCCACCACCACCACCACCACUACCAGCUCAAGCAGCUGCAGCCGCAGUUUCAGCAGCAGCAAUCGCUGCUCCAGCAGCCGCAGUUCCAGCAGCAGCAACCGCUGCUCCAGCAGCAGCAAUCACUGCUCCAGCAGCUGCAAACGCUGUUCCAGCAGCAGCAAACGCUGUUCCAGCAGCCGCAGAUGUGGGAAAAAUGGAUUUCGCAAAAAUUAAUGAAACCACUACCUUAAAGAAGGUUCUACUCAAGAAAAAAAUUUCCGAAUUAAAUGUCAAUGGUGAAUAUCAAGUCACUAAGUUAAAGCUGGCUAGCGUCAAAUCUAAACCAAGUUUCGAGGCAUCGCUUAAUAAUGAAUUUUGUGUUGAUCUACCAUGGCAUACUACAGCAGCUAUUCAUGAGGAUUUAUCAGUUUUGCAGACAUUGAAUGAGCUAAUUGACGAAAGAAACUUAUUUAUUCGAUACCUUGGUGGACAACAUGAUAUGUUGCAACUCUUCAUGAAUAGUCCAGUCGGCAAGUGA